GGAAGGAAGGAAGGAAGGGAGUGAAUAAUGAAUGGGAUGGUUUCAAUUUUCAAUCUUUUGAAAGACAGUGUUUAGGGUUAAGAGAAGAGAAAAAGAAGAAGAAGAAGAAGAAGAAAGGAUUGCAUUUCAUUUUCAUUCUCAUUUUCUUUUCGAAGUGAAGCCAUGGCGAUGGCCCUUUCGAACUCGAUGAGGCAGAGACGCUCUCAGCCUUCUGAUUCGGCGCCAUCUCAGCCGUACACGAAGCUCGACAAGCCCCAGAAAUCGGACGGCGAAGACAAAGGGUUGGGGUGGUUGUUGCCGUUUCUGGCUUUGGGAUUUUUGAGGUACACGAGUGCAACCUCCAACAUCAUCCACGAUUGUGAUGAGGUUUUCAAUUACUGGGAACCCCUUCAUUACCUUCUCUACAAAACUGGCUUCCAGACAUGGGAAUAUAGUUCACAGUUUGCUCUUCGGUCGUAUUUGUACCUUUUGUUUCAUGAAAUAGUGGGUCGACCAGCUUCAUGGUUGUUUGGUGAGGAAAAGGUCAGAGUAUUCUAUGCUGUGAGAUUCUUUCUUGGUCUUCUCUCUGUUUUCACAGAAACUGUUCUCGUGGUAGCUCUUUCAAGAAAGUAUGGAAAACGACUUGCUUGUUAUGCACUUGCUAUGCUGUGCCUAACUAGUGGCUGUUUCUUUGCUAGCACAAGUUUCUUGCCAAGUUCGUUUUCUAUGUACGCAAUGUCUCUUGCAUCAGGUUUAUUUCUUCUUGAUAGACCUGCUUCAGCAGUUGCUGCUGCUGCUAUUGGUGUAAUACUUGGCUGGCCAUUCUCAAUAUUGGCUUUCCUUCCGGUGACACUUUAUUCUUUAUCUAGAAAAUUCAAACAGGCAUUCAUUGCUGGGGCUGUCACAUCAGUUAUUCUCCUUGCAUUGUCAAUAGUUAUUGACUUUUACUAUUAUGGAAGAUGGACUUCAUCUGUCUUGAAUCUUUUAAUAUACAACGUAGCUGGAGGCGGGGAAAGCCAUCUGUACGGGACUGAAGGGCUUCUUUUUUAUCUGAGGAAUGGAUUUAACAAUUUCAACUUUUGCUUUGUUCUUGCUCUUCUGUUCUUGGGAAUUUUGCCUAUUGCAAAGAAGAAAUAUGCACCAGACCUACUGAUUGUGAUAUCUCCGGUGUAUAUUUGGCUGGGGUUUAUGUCUUUGCAGCCACAUAAAGAAGAAAGGUUCCUUUAUCCAAUAUAUCCACUUAUUUGUGUUGCUGCUUCAGCUGUCAUUGAGAGCUUCCCUGAUCUUUUCCGUAACAAAUAUGAUCCAAACGAUAAUUCUAUAAUAGUGAUGGUAGCCAAAUUUCUGAGACCAGUGUUUCUCAGUCUGAUAUUAUAUUCCUCUCACGCUCGUACAUUUUCUCUGACUAAUGGUUACUCAGCUCCCUUGGGGGUUUACAAGAUUUUAGAGCACCAUGGCUAUGCAGAAAACGGUUCUGUACUUUGUGUUGGAAGUGAAUGGCACCGCUUUCCAUCAUCAUUUUUCAUCCCAGAUUAUGUGGGACAGGUUCGAUGGAUUGAUGAUGGGUUCCGAGGUCUUCUUCCUAUCCAGUUUAAUUCUACCCUAGGUGGGACUGCAGCAGCACCGCCGUAUUUUAACGAUAAGAACAAGGCAUCAAAUGAACAAUACCUCCAUGAUAUUGAUGCAUGUACUUACCUUGUCGAGCUGCAGCUAAAGCGGCCUUACUUGACUCGUGGAAGUGAUUUGUCAACAUGGGAGGCUAUUGCUGCAUUGCCUUAUCUGGACCGGGAGCUUUCACCACCUUUGUAUAGGUCUUUUUUCAUCCCUUACCUUUGGUAUGAGAAGAAUGUUUUUGGCAUGUAUAAGUUGCUUAAAAGAAUACCCAAAUAAAAGGGAAAAUGGUGGAUUUACAAGAAAACCAUUUUUGUUAGAGACAGUAAGUUUGUAGGAUUUUCCUCUAUCUGUUGUUGAAUAUUUGAUUUAGUUCUAAUCAGCUUAAGUUUCUACCUUGUUGUAAUGAAUGUUGUCCUACUUUCUCCCACACAAGCAUUCAGUUCAUUAAUCAUGUUCAGUGCAAUUUGUAACACCAAGUUCAGAUGAAGACAUUCUGCAUAUUCUA